AUGGCUUUCCGUAUGACUGGACGCGUUCUGGGCGCAGUUGCGCGGGAAAGGAAUGACGUGCAGCCGGCGCUGAGGAAGGUUUGGAAGGCACACGAGCCCGUCGAUGGCCUGGUGAGUCGAGAGGAUGAUGCACAUCCAUCCCGAAAAUACUUCCACAAACGAAAGUCGCACGUAGAGCGAGCGGCCUCUUCGCAACACGUCUACAAAACGAUGAGCUCGCAGCAACUGUUGCGCGGUGGAGAGGAGCCGAUGUCGAGACGUCUUUUCACUGCUGUUUCGUUGUAGCGUCUCCCACACCGCCUCUCUCCAGAGCGGAAGAGCAUAGCCUGGGUGUCGGAAGGCCUUUUGUUGACCCCCAUGACCCAUGACGUUUCACGGUGUUCUUGCCAACAAUAGUAUAGCCAUACUCAUUUCAAGGUCUAACAACGCUACAAUGCUACAAUUUGCUCCAAGUCGUUCAUCUCAGCAGCACUGAUGCAUCGUUGCUGCCCCAAAGCUCCGUCCAACAGCAGCAAUCCCAGUUGAAAGACCAAUGCUGGUGCGCCCAUAGCCACAGCAGUAGAUGGGAGGAGUGGCGAAGUAAGUAUGCGUGGAAGCGUGCAUAGGAGUUGCGCCGCUUUUUCCCUUGCACGCCGUACGUAAAUGUACGGACUCUCGAUACCGUGUCCGGGGUGGGAGAUCAAGUGAAAACGUAACAACCAGAUGCCAGUUUAAGCUUUUGUUGCACGCCGACAACACCGAGAGACUAUCCCCCAGCGUUCGGCAUUGUUUUACCUUCUCCGUGAUGACA